AUGAAGUUCAACAUAAAAGAAUUGGCAGAUUUGAGUUUUGGCAAAGCAACUAUCGAAGGGCGCUUACAUCAUAAAAAAAUAAAUAGUUCACAUUCAAAUUCUGGUGAGAAUCUAACUGUUAUGUUAGUGUUUAAAGAAAAAUGGUUUAAAUUAAGAGCAAAUAUCUUGUUUUAUUUUAAUUUAAGUGAAACAGGACAAAUAAAUAAUAACAAGCCUGUUGGUGCCUAUAUUUUGGAAAAUACAAUAGUGCAAUUUGAAAUGAAUUCAGAAGCUCCUUUUUCAUUUUCAUUGUAUUUUAAUGAUGAGGUUGAGAAAAAGCAUUUAUUUUCGGGAAGGUCUCAAGAUAAUAUUGAUAAAUGGAUUGAAGCUUUAAAAGAGGCUAGUUAUGAAUAUUGGAGGUCUCAAUUACUUUUACUUCAAAAAAAGCUUAGUCUUAUAACUGGACAGGAUCCUCUAUUAAUGUACCCGAGAAAUAAAGGGUGUGAAAAUGUAUUUAAAUCCUCUUCUUCAAAAAAAUGUGACCCUGAUCAAAAAUCGAUAAUAGAAAAUUCAAAGUCUCAAUUUUACACAAUAAGUGAUAACAAAUGUAAAGUUAAUGAUGCAGAAACCUUUGAUAGCAGUAAGUUAUGUGAAAUGUCUCCAGUAAGGCCAGCAAGAGGAGUAAAAUUAAAGACUGAAGUAAAGUGUGCCAAGUUAGUGGAUUUAUAA